GCGGGGCGAGUUGGGGGGAGCGCCCAGCAGAGAGGGCCAUAACGAACCGAGGUGAGAGGUAAAGCGCGGAGCCGUUUGGGAAUGCUGCUCUCCUGAAGAGAGGACGGACGUUGGAUUUAGUUAAGUUCCUUAUGUCCUCCCCUGAAAUUGCUUCCCUAUCAUGGGGGCAAAUGAAAGUACAAGGCUCUACUAAAACCUAUAAGGACUGCAAAGUGUGGCCAGGGGGAAGUCGGGCUUGGGAUUGGAGAGAAACAGGAACUGAGCAUUCUCCUGGUGUGCAGCCUGCAGAUGUGGAGGAAGUUGUCAAGAAGGGUGUACAGACCCUUGUGAUUGGCCGAGGGAUGAGUGAGGCCUUGAAGGUGCCUCCAUCCACUGUGGAGUACCUCGAGAAACAAGGCAUUGAUGUGCGCGUCCUCCAGACAGAGCAGGCAGUGAAGGAGUAUAACGCCUUGGCUGCCCAAGGCAUCAGAGUGGGAGGGGUCUUCCAUUCCACAUGCUGAUGGAGCCUUAAGGAGAAUAAAUCACUAAGCAACAAUGCCUGUGAUCAUCACUCUUAGCAUCUCCACACCGGCCUCCCCUUUUCAACAGCUGUUCACGCCAGAUCCUGUGCUAGGCUUUGGGAUGCAUGAUAACUAAGGCCAGGUCCCUGAGGGGAACUGAAAAUCAGGGGAGAAGACAGAUGUAUAUAAUACACUAAAUGUUAGGCCAGAAAUAUGAGGAAAUAGAGGCAAAAAUAAAGCCUUCUGCUUUGAAGAAA